CCUUCAUCCAUCGCCGCUGACCCUUGAUAUCCCCCCACCUCUGCCCUUCCCACGGACACUGAUCACCACCCCACUCUCAGUUUGAUGAGUACGGCCAGAAGAAAGCAGACCGGCCGAUCAAAUGCGCUUGCGCAGUCGACUGCAAAUCAAGUCCUGUCCGGUGCAGAAAUGCUGGUUCUUCAGCAGAAUAUAAAGCAAUACAUCAUAACCAGUCAAACGCGCGCGCUGACAGCUCAUGAACUUGAGGAAUUCGUGAAAAUCAAGGAGCUGCUGCUGCCUUGUCUUCUUCGUUACUCGCAGCCUGCAGGGCCGCCUCUUAUUGAGGAACCCACCACCAGUGGCAACAGCAUCAGCAUAAGCGGCUCAAGACAAGAGAAGGUGGCCUCCUCUCAACCCAGCGGAAAGGCAGCGGCAUCUUCUCAAAGCCCAUCAAGGAUAUACCCAGCAACACAACCACGAUCAUCAGCAGCAAAGACGGAUAGUCGCACACCCUCGAAACCGAGUCAGAGCAAGGCCAAGUCUGCAAUGAACCCGAAACGGACGCCAAUCGUCACAUCAGCGCCACUGCAUCCUUCGGCCAGCCUCAAUCUGGUGCCAGCUAGUACUCAGUCGACUUCGGCGCGUGGAUUGGUGGCAAGUUCGAUCAAAAAGGGAGACAGGAAACGGCCGAAGAUGGAGGUUUACCAGGAUCCAGAAAACGUACAAAAGAAGCGACCUCGACUUAAAGCCAAAAACAACGGGGAGGACUCAGACAAGGAGAACAGGGAUCCACAUGUCAUUGAUCAUCCAAGGAGGAAGGUGCUUGGAAACAACACCAAUAUCGUUAACAAGACCACUCGGGUUUCAGAUCCUAAGGGCAAGGGUGCUAUACGAAAUCCUGACGCAACCAAAAACAACACCAAAGCGACUAUUACCUCAGAGUUGAAAUCGACACCCAAGGCGCAGCAACAAUCGGGAUUAUACUCGACCCCUGCUUCGACUAUCGCUUUAGCGACCAAGAACCCGAACAAACGCGCCAAGGUUGCAUCAGUCAAAAAGGAGCCAGUUCAGGAGCGAUUAGCAAUCUUUACGGACAACGAUAGACAAGCAACUGGGACCGAUCAACUGCCUACUCCGAGCCAAGAACAGACUACGGAGGUGCCUGAUGCACCAGAAGCGCCAGCAACCCAACUUUUGCGACAGCCAGCUAAGGAAAAGGAGUCCGAAAUUUGGGCGAAAGAGGUGCCCAUAUCGCUGUCAUCAGCAAGCAGAAAGGUGCCGACGACGAACACGAGACAGUUCGGUACAGGGGCUAUCGAGAUUCUUCCCAGUGUUGAAGAUGACGCUGUAGACAACGAUUUGGAUGUGUUUAUCAAGACGGAAUGCAGUACGUCUACGGUCAAGGCACGCAUCGGCAGUGUUGGGUAUGAGGAGAUACCGAACUCGCAAGGCUCUGAGGAUGAUCUGUACAGUAUACAGGGUUCUCAGGAGGAGAAGGCUGCUAUGCGUGAUCCCUUGACGGCUGAUGCGUCAGAGGAUGCACGUGAUGAUGAAGAGGAAGCGACUUUCCCGGCCCCCGGUUUCUUAAUGGGCGAUGUACUGGAUGAUCAACACGAGGAGGCAACCAUCCCUGCGCCGAAUUUCUUGCUGGAUGAUGCACUGGAGGACCAGAAUGAGGAGGAGCGGACGCUUCCCGCGCCUGGUUUCUUAUUGGACGAUGUAUGGGAAGAUCAGCAGCAGGAGGAAGAGGCAACAUUUCCUGCACCCGGUUUUCUACUGGGCGACGUUUCUGAGGACCAGCAAGAGGAAGCGGAGGCAACAGUACCUAUGCCUGGUUUUCUGUUGCGCGAUCUGCCUGAGGAGCCUGUCGAUGAUCAAGCUGGGUCGGAAUCGACUAGCGAUGCACGGGAUACACGCGACAUUAUAUCGAAAAUGAGACCCGACCUUGGCAACGCAGUGAUUCAGAGUACCAACUUUUCGGACGGAGUAUGGUGUAUUGACGACUACACUGGCGAAGUCUCAUCUGUCAUUUGCGGAAACAAGGAGCGAUGGAUUGCCGUUGAGACUACCUCACAUGUGGAAUUUUGGCAACUGCAAGAUUUCAACACUCUACCCGAGAGCAGGUGGCGUAGGUGUGUUCAGGUGAAAAAAGCCUCAUCAUGUCCGAUACAGGUCAUGUUUGCUCCAGAUGAUUCUUUCGCUGUGGUUCUGAGCUCUCAGGAGCGCUCGUUUGUCAAAGUUUCGUUGGAGGACAUUGGCGACUUGAAUCAGCUCGGUCAACCGCAGUGCUGCGUUACUUGGAGAGGACCUAAACCAUUUUUGAGCUGCCAUGGCGUUAUUGCCGAACGGCAAGACCAUCAAGGUAGCCCAAAAUCGGUCGCUUACCAGCUUGUUUUUGGGGUGGACGAACCAGGAACAAUCUGCUUGAUCCCAAUCCCUGAUGGCGACCUGAAGUCAAUGAGUACAUCUCCUCAGAAGGUGUGCUAUCCAUCAAACAAAGUUGCCAGCUCGAUUGUGAAGGUUCGCAACACAACGUCGUUGAUCCUGUGUUCGUUCGGAACCAAUAUAGUUUUAUGGGACCUGCAAAGGCCCUCGGAGCCAGUGUCUACGGUGAAUACCGCAUCUGUCCUAUCGAUUCUUCCAUCCCCUGUCCUGACUGCCUCUGCGAUGAUGCCAUCCAUCGUAUCCGCGACGGUUCCAGCACAGUUCUUCAAAGAAUGCAAUGAUGUUCUUCAGCCCGAUUCUGUAUUGCCUUCAGACCAGCCAAUUUUGACGAUCCUCAAGAUGUGCGAUACAGAGGUCGGCGAUUCCGAGCAGAUGAAAGGCGAGCGAUGUGGUUUGUAUGUGAUGAAGGGUGACUCUAUCGAACUUGUUCACAAGUACAAGGGCUCAGAGUCGAUUUCGUUCGCUUAUUCAUCACCACGAUUCGUUGCUUGUCAGACGAAGAGCGAUGGGAAGGACAGUCUUUGUCUGUGGGAUAUCCGGAAGCCCAAUGCAGUGCUCGAACUUGCUUUGUUGGAUGCGCCUUCGCAACGCGAAAUCGGUAUGCAGCAUCAAUCGCUGCUGCUGCAGCAGAACCUACAGAAGAGCGAGAAAGGAGAUGGGGCAUCGAAUGUUGGCAAGGACGACGAACAAAAGGAUAAAGCUGACAUGGAGUAUGCGGAUAUAUUUUCUUCGCAAUCCACGCUGUCCUCCCCGCCAGCAGAUUUGUCUUCCUCGCCCUCGACAUCUUCUGAAGAUAAUCGUACUGUCAAACCGAACGCCUCGGAAACCACUCCCCAAGCGCCUACGGAACCGCUCAAUAGACAUCCUGAGCGGGUCAAGGCGGAGGAACGCCAAGUGCGGCAGCCUACAGAGUGGAUUGAAUUGACCUCGGUUUCAUGGACAGGCCACAAGAGAGUCCAAUUCUCCAUGCAGGCUGAGCAGCACUGGGCUGUGGUUGUUCAGCAGGACAUUGCCAGGAGGAACCCAUCGGUCAUCCAUAUCAUUGACUUGAUGUCUAUCCUCCCAAUGGCACAUGCUUGAGCGAGGCCUCACAUAUCCUCGGCAUCAUGGACAUUAUUUAAUAGUUUUUCAUGCUAAGAAUGAGGCAUAUACAAUAAAUAGCAUGCGGACAA